UCAAGGAUGGUUCUUUCAAAUUAGACACUCAGAGUCGAUUUUACAACCGUUCCUCUACUCUCCUCUCCUCUCCUGUUCACAUACCUAGGUCGCGCCCCUUACUCUCCUCUCAUGUUCACAUGCCUAGGUCGCGCCGCUCAAACCCAAGGCUCGCUGAGAGAGGUUCGCAAUAGAGCUCAGAGAAAGUGUUCGACGAGAGGUUGAGGGUUUUGAGGCUGAGAGGGAGUUCGUCGGGGAUGUUGCCGAAGAUGUGGUUCUGCACGACGUUGAGAAUCUGAAGGCUCGUGAAGUUCGCCAUCUUCGCAAGAAGGUUGCAAUAAAAUGAAUUCUUCUGCAAGAACAAUGAUUGCAGGAGCGUGCAUUUGGAUAGCGACGAAGGAGUUUGAACGAUGUUUUAAAUACACAGCUCUGUGACUUCUUGACAAGUUUUCUCAGCAACCAAAACUGGAAGGUUAGAUUAUUUGGUGAAUUUGUAUAUGCAUUCAUUGAGGUAUGAGUUGGUUGAAGAGUGUGUUGAUGAUUACGAUGCGAAACCUGGAAUCUAACUUGGAAUCUGUGAGUUGAGGAAGGCAGUUCUAGAGGAGCUGAAGAUGCACAACUGGCUGGUACAGGAAAAUCAACUCUUUUAGCAGCAAUUCUCAGAGAACCCCAUCAAAUCCAACCACAACUGGGAUCCACCGCAGUUUUCAUCGCCGGCACCCCUGACAUAGCUCUGAUCACCAGCACUGGCGACUUCUAUAGGGAAUUCAUGGUGGAGUCCAAGAAGCUCGGGUACCUCGCCGGCCCCGCCAUCUUCUCCUUCGUCUCAAAGUACUCCCUCGGCGCCUUCACUCAAAUCUUUGCCGGCCACGUCGGCACCAUUGACCUCGCCGCCGUCUCCGUCGAAAACUCCCUCAUCGCCGGCUUCUCCUACGGCAUAAUGCUAGGGAUGGGAAGCGCGUUGGAAACGCUGUGUGGACAAGCGGUGGGAGCAGGGAAGCUUGACAUGCUGGGAGUGUACAUGCAGCGGUCAUGGGUGUUACUUCUCAGCAUGGCUUUUGUUCUGUGGCCUAUGUACAUCUUCGCGGGACAAGUUCUGAAGUUCAUAGGGCAAGACACCCAAAUUUCGGAGGCUGCGGGAACCUUCGCCAUUUGGAUGAUUCCGCAGCUGUUUGCGUACGCGCUGAAUUUUCCGGUGGCGAAGUUCCUGCAGGCGCAGGUGCUGAGUUGGCUGCUCAUGGUGAAGCUCGAGUUGGGGCUGGUGGGCGCCGCCGUCGUGCUCAAUGGCUCGUGGUGGUGGCUCAGUUGGUUUAUGUGUUUGGUGGGUGGUGUUGGCCUGCGUGGAACGGCUUCUCGGGGGAAGCGUUUCGGAAUCUCUGUGGAUUCUUUCGCCUCUCUCUUGCUUCUGCUGUUAUGCUCUGCUUGGAAACAUGUACUUUAUGGCUCUGAUUUUGUUUGCUGGAUACCUCAAGAAUGCACAAGUCUUUGUAGACGCCUUCUCUAUCUGCAUGAAUAUAUUAGGCUGGACCAUCAUGGUAUCUUUUGGGAUGAACGCCGCCACAAGGAGUUGCCAUUGGUGCGGGAUGGCAGGCUCUUGUUGCCUAUGUAAACAUUGCAUGCUACUACCUUUUCGGAAUUCCUGUGGGUCUUGUAUUGGGUUACAAGCUUGACUGGGGAGUCAAGGGAAUCUGGUUAGGAAUGAUAGCAGGGACUAUCCUCCAAACGUGUGUUCUUUUGGUGCUGAUUUACAAAACUAAUUGGAACGAAGAGGCCUCCCUUGCCGAAGAUAGGAUACGGACUUGGGGUGGACAU